AUGAGUGAAAUCGAAUAUGCAAUUGAGAUGAUUGCACCGAUAAUGAGCGAAAUAUUUAAUGAUACAUCCGAAUAUAUCAAUCUUCGCUGGGGAGAGACACUUUCCAAUGUAAUGUCCGAUCGGCGUAGAAAGAUUGAUUUACGAAUCGUUCGUAUCGCGGAUAAACUUGAACUAAGUCAUUCAGAGUGUGCAAAGAUUCCAUCUCCUACGAAAAUAAUACAUGACCGGUCAAACUGUUUAC